AUGGAGUUGCUUCCUCAACCAAUGAUUUCCCCUCUAAUCCUGCUUGUUAUUUGUUACUUUUAUCUUGGAGCAGCCAUAGAUUGUGGUGGAAACCACAUUUCAAAAACCAUUACCAUCGAUAAAUCUGGCAGUGGAGGAGCAUUUGGAAGCAUUCAAGCUGGUAUUAAUUCUAUAGAGAGUAACAAUGCCCAGUGGGUUAAGAUUCACAUAAAUUCUGGCGUGUACACGGAAAAAGUUUCAAUUCCAUAUGAUAAACCAUGCAUUAUCUUAGAAGGAGAAGGCGGUCGCAAUACAGUCAUUUCUUAUGGUGAUACCCGAACACCUGCUAGCUGGGAGGCUACAUUCACUUCAAGUCCACCUAAUGUGAUAGUGAGUGGCAUCACCUUUGAGGUAAACACAUUAAUGACUAGAUAUGCCUACAAAUUUGAUAACUACUCAGUUGUUUAA